AUGUUUAAAAGCAGGCAACAUAUCAUAAGGGUGAUUCAACAUUAUUCAAGUAGGAAUAUUGGAACAACCGAAAUCGAAGAGCCAAAUAGUUGAAACUAAAAAAUAUAAUGUCGUGUUGAACGAUCUUUAAGGAUAUAUAACAUCUCUGAUUGAAUGUACGAGGCGACUGUACAAACCGUGGUGAUUUUGUAUUACUUAACUCUGCGUGUACCGUGUAUCAAUGUUAUCUUCAUUUUCAUGUAAAAAAUUUAAUCAGUGCGUGGAUUUUUCACAAUUUUAAUCCUGUGAUCAAUAAACUUGCCGAUAAAACCCGUCUGUUUUUAUUUAUUGAUUACUUCCUGUUGGUAAAUUCGUUGACAUUCAGAGUCGAAACGUUGUAUAUUUUUCAAAUAAAAUAAUUACAUUUUUAAAUUGAAACUGGAGUCGAUUUCUAUAUUCAAACUUACAUUAACAUUCAGUAGGAAGAAACGACAGCUAUGACGACCACAAAAAGACUUCUAGUCGGAGCAAUAGACUUUGGAACAACAUUCUCUGGAUGGGCCUAUUCUUUCAAACAUGACUAUGAUUUGGACCCAACAAAAGCGAAUAUAAAACAUUGGCUGUCGGGAUCUGGGAAUUUAAUGACUGAAAAAACACCGACAUGCGCAUUGGUAAAUCCUGAUGGUAAAACACUGAAAGCGUUUGGGUACGAUGCCGAAAACGAAUAUCGAGAAUUACUUGAUAGAGGAGACGAUAAAAUGUUUUAUUUCUUUAAACGAUUCCAAAUGAAACUAUAUUCUAAGAUUGGCAAAGGCUUUAAAAGAGACAUGACAAUCGAAGAUGAGCUUGGUAGAAGUCUUUUAGCAGCUGAUGUAUUUGGCAUGUCAAUCAAAUUCUUGGUAGAGGACAUGCUUAAACAUGCUUGCAAGGGAAUAGAAGGUUUAAUCGAAUCAUUUGAAAUCCACUUGGUUAUAACAGUUCCUGCAUUAUGGUCAGAUGCCGCGAAGCAAUUCAUGUAUGAAGCUGCCGAACAAGCAGGUAUAUGUAAAGAACAAUUAACAAUAGCUUUGGAACCAGAAGCGACUUCGCUGUAUUGCAGACAUGUGCAUAUCAAUAAACCUGGUGACAUUGGCGAUGAUUCCAUUGGCACGUUACCAAAUGGCACAAAAUACAUAGUUAUUAAUGCUGGAGGUGGAACAAUAGACCUAACAGUGCACGAGGCAGGAAGUGAGCAUACAUUGAGAGAAGUUAAACCUGUAAGUGGUGGCGAAUGGGGAGGUACAAUGGUUAAUACGGAAUUCGAAAAUUUGCUGAUACGUUUAGUAGGACGAACUGUUUUUGAAAAGUUCAAAGACGAAGAAAAGGAGGAUUGGCUUGAAAUGCAACGGGAAUUUGAGUUUCGGAAACGAGAGACAAAUGUAGACAGUGAAGGUAAAAUAAGCAUGAGAAUCCCAACAUCCCUUACUGAUCUUUACAAUAAUCACACACAACUUGAUCUCAGGACUUCGUUAGAAUUUUCUGAGUAUGCAGGAGAUAUCGAACUGAAAAGGGGUAAGAUGAAGAUUUCUAACGAAGUCUUUGCCAAUAUGUUUGAGAGUUCGGUAACAAAAAUUGUUGAUUAUCUGACGUCGUUGUUGUUCGAUGGCUUACUUAAAGAAAUGAGAGUUUUACUCAUGGUCGGUGGUUAUUCUGAAUCGCGAGUAUUACAUCGUGCAGUUACAGAAGCAUUGCCCGGAAUUCAAGUCAUAAGACCUGACGAGGCUUCAAUGAUCGUAUUGAGAGGUGCUUUAAUAUAUGGACACAAUCCUGUAUUAAUAAGCGAAAGAAUUCUCAAAUAUACCUAUGGAACUAACUACACACCGCUUUUCAUUGAGGGCAUUCAUCCUCAUGAUAAACGUUUCAAAUCAAAGGAUGGCAAAAUUAGAUGUCGGAAUGUCUUUAACAAAUUUGUAACUACUGGACAGACAGUGAAGCCAGGAGAAACCCAACUUACAGAUACCUAUUUUACUCCUUCAAGAAGACAGAAGGCUAUGCUGUUUGAAAUAUAUGCUUCAGUGAAUGAAAAUCCUGUUAACACAGAUGAUGAAGGAUGCUUUGAGAUUGGUAGACUAAGGAUAGAGUUUGAUAAGGAACGUCACACGAGAAAUAGAAGAGAUAGGAAAGUAACCCUAACUAUGCUAUUUGGUGAGACAGAAAUCAUCGUAGAAGUUGAAGAUAAAUGUACUGGAAAGAAGAAAAUAACUACAAUUGAUUUUCCUUGGAAAUAAACUUAGAAUACUUUAACGUUAAGAGAAUGUCCGUACCAGUUAUAUGUCUGAUAUAUCUGCUCGCAUAAAAAGUACAGUCAUGUUAAAUUUAUUCAUGUGAAUAAACUAUGCAAUUAUCAAUUUGAAAGUUUGUAAAGAGAAAUUUCAGUGAUAAACGGUUUACUUUUCGUACUAAUGUAAAAAGAAGAAAAAGUAAACAAAGUAAAGCAAUAGUUACAAAACAGUCACAAAACAAACCCAGCCACUUUCAACCAUAAAAAUUGUACUAAAUUCGGCACUGAAUUCAUGACAACGACAAGCGUUUAAAAGUGUUAUCAAAACACUUUAUAUUAUUUUCAUUUUGAUAACACGGCUGUAAGAAUAUAACUUUAUAUUGCAAGACAAAAAUGUAUUAAAUAGUACUGGUUGUAGAAAAUGAAAUAAUAGAUUUUUUUGUAUUACGAUAUUUGAUAUUAAGGCGAUUCGAUUUUGUUUCAUAUUUUAUCUUAAGAAAAUAGUUUUCAAAUUGGAACACAAGGCUUGUUAUAUCUUUAAUAUAUUUUCUUGUGCUUUCUGUUUUGAAAACACGGCAAGAUUUGACGCAACUCCAACUUAAAGCAAAUAAUAAUUAUAGAAAUGUCUUACAUCACAAAUAUGAAAUAAAUACAGAAAAAAAUA